AUGGACGGUGAGGAGCACCGAGAUGGCGUAGCCGAGAUUCGGACCGCGACGUCGACCUCGAGUACGAUGACGAGUGACCCGCCUCGAAGCCUGCCAUCGCGUCCCGAGGCUGUGGCCGAGGUACCCCACCGGGCCCCGACCCUGCAGCGUGGCGGACGAGGACGACCCCGUGGCUCGCGCGGGAACUUCCGCGGUACAAUCCACAGCGACUUGGCCAGCACACGCCCGUAUCUCGAUGGCGGCACCACCGAUGCUGCUGCGGCGGUCAUGCUUCCGUUCCAAGGAGCUGGUCGCGGACGGGGGCGAGGUCAGGGACGAGUUCGCCCCAGUCGCGGUACAUUUCGCGGUGGUCGUGGUCGUGGUAGCCUCACACCAACGUGGUCCCAGCCCCACUUUGUGCCAGAGCAGCCGUCGCUAGCUGCGAGCUUACCGCAAACCCGCAACGCUUCCGAGCACAGCGAUGUUACCGACUCGAACAACGCGCCGCAGCAGAGUGCGACGGGGACAUUCGAGGCAGAACCCGCGACGGUACAGGUGUUUUGCGGCCCAGAGCCCGAGGUGGAGCAGGAUUUGCCGCUGUCUGAUCAGCACGACGCGUCCGUUGUGGCAUGCGCAGAAAGCAUGGCCGACUUGUCGCUGUCGCCACGCGUGCGUCGCAGCUCCACGGGCUCGGAACGGCCCAGCGAGCACGCCCCGGGUGUAAUCGAUGCACCGUUCAGCCCACCUCAACGAUGGUCGCACGAACAUCGCCACUAUGACGUGCCUCCGUGGACCCCGUUUCCUGGCCCACCGUAUGAUGCGCUCGAGCCGGCACCCUUCCUCGCGCUCGGCCCCUCGCGUAUGCCUCCGCCACCGCCACCGUUCACAGUCUGGCUGCCCGUGCCCUACCUCGUCUACUGGGGCCCUGAACCGUUCGGCGCCCAUCCGAUGUUCUACGACGUACCCAUGGUCAGUCUCACGCCCUUCCAUCCCAAGGAUACCUUCUGCAGCCACUGA